GCAGGGGGAUAAACAAUGCCCAAGCAAGCAGCAGUGACAGUUGCUGUGGCGACCCUGCUGGGUGUCGCGCUGGGGGGCCUGGUGUUGUGGAAAGCGGCCCAGCGCCGGAAAGGAAGAGCGUGCCCUGGGGACCAGCGAGAGAAAAAGGCAGGAGAUGAGGCAGUGAGUAAGGCAGAGGGUGAGGAGGUGCCUUCCUUCUUCAGAACUCCCACUUUCUCCCGGGCAGAGAGGAGCCUUGGUGCAGACAUAGUGAUAGUCUCAGAGCAGGAGGAAUGGGAUCGGGUCGAGCCGUUGCUGAAGAAGGAGCUGGAGAAGUGGCCAGUGCUUGGAAUUGAUUGUGAGUGGGUAUCUGUGGAGGGAAAAGCGAAUCCCGUAUCCCUUCUACAAAUGGCUUCUUCCAGUGGCUUCUGUGUUCUCAUCCGGUUGCCCAGGCUUGUCGCCAACAGACAGACUAUCCCAAAGACCCUGUUGGACAUCAUGGCAGAUAGUGCUGUAUUGAAAGUAGGGGUAGGAUGCUGGGAAGAUGCUUGCAAGUUACUUCAGGACUAUGGUCUUCCAGUCAAAGGGAGUGUGGAUCUCCGGUAUUUAGCCAUGAGACAGCGGAAGGAUCUACUUCACAACUGCCUUAGCCUUAAGUCUUUAGCUGAAAAAGUCCUGAACUGCCCGCUUGACAAGUCUCCUCAUAUGCGUUGCAGCAACUGGGAGGCAGAAGAACUGACACAACAUCAGGUUCUCUAUGCUGCUAGGGAUGCCCAGAUCUCAGUGGCUCUGUUCCUCCAUUUGCUGGGAUUUGCCUGCCUCCCUGCUGUAUCUGAAGGUGAAAACUCUGCUGCUGCUUGGGAAAAAGUACUGAGUAAAUGCCAGGGCUUGGUGGAUAUUCCAUUUAGAGGAAGGAAGAGUGGCAGCACAGGAGAGAAGAGUGGAGAGGCACGCUCCCCUCAGAAAAUAAAGAAUCGGAAAUCUUUGGUGAAUGUCCAGUCCUCUGGCAGUCAGCAAGUGAGAGAUCCUCGGAGGCAGAAGCGAAAGCCUCUGGGUGUGGGAUAUUCUGCAAGAAAAUCUCCACUGUAUGACAACUGCUUCCUGCAUGCACCAGAUGGACAGCCCCUGUGCACCUGUGAUCGCAAGAAGGCUCAGUGGUAUCUGGACAAGGGGAUCGGAGACCUAGUUAGCACAGACCCGUUUGUUGUGAAGCUGCGGUUUGAGCCUUCAGGACGUCCUGAGUCUCAAGUCGAUUAUUACCUGACAGUGAAAGAGAACCUGUGUGUUGUAUGUGGCAAACGGGAGUCCUACAUCCGGAAGAACAUUGUUCCUCACGAAUACCGAAGACACUUCCCCAUCCAGAUGAAGGACCACAACUCCCAUGACGUGCUCCUACUCUGCACGUCCUGCCACGCCGUCUCCAAUUACUACGACAACCACCUCAAGCAGCAGCUGGCCGAGGAGUUUGGUGCCCCCAUUGGCUCGGAGGAGGGAGUGCGUAUGCUGGAGGACCCUCUGCGCAGGCAGGUGCGCUCAGGGGCCCGAGCUCUGCUGAAUGCAGACAGCCUGCCUGAUCCCCGAAGGGCAGAACUUCUGCAAGGCAUCAAGGACUUCUUUAACACAGAAGCAGUGACCCCGGAGAUGCUCCAGGAAGCAGCUGGUCUGGAAACCAGGAUCUGCAAUGAGAGCUACAUGCCACACGGACUGAAGGUGGUGCAGUGCUUUGCUAAAGGAGGCCUGCGCUCCCUGAUGCAGCUGGAGAGACGCUGGCGGCAGCACUUCUUGGACAGCAUGCAGCCCAAAUACCUCCCAGAGCAGUGGUCAGUGGACCAUAACCACACAAAGCUGAUCCGAAAGUAUGGGGAGGAUCUUCAGAUCGAGCUGUCCUGAAAGUCACUUCCUGGACUCCAGAUAGGAUCUAAUGGACAUAUGUAACUGAAGGUGGAAGGACUGCUUUUAUUUCCGUUUCUCCACUAACACCUGAACCUGGGUUUGUGAACAGGCAUCAAUGGGUCUGCCAGAUUUGGCAUUUAUAAGGAGUUAAAUCCGUUGACUUGAAUUUUAUCAGGUGGUUUGGAAUUUUUAACCCUAGACUCACUGAUUAGUUCAGUGCAAGAGCGAUAUGCUAAGGGAAUUAUCCUUCUCUAGUCGACUGUUGGGAGUUAUUUUCUACCCCCGGGAUGUCUGGUGCCUCCAGGCCAUCUCUUUUAACACAGAGCACAAUAUGUACACGUUUCCAGGUUUUCUGAGAGAUGUAUAUGUGCACCUUGGCUGCACCUCAAGAAUCUCCUGAUAAAAAUCUUUGCUUUCAGUGCAGUUGUACUCACAUGAGUUCUUCUCAGAGAAGACUACCCACUAGAGAGAGAUUCCUUAUUUGGAAGUAGCAAAGAAACCUUACCUUUAUUUUAUUUUAUUUUAUUUCAGAUUCUGAGCUGUAUCAGCAUUCCAGAUAGGCCUCACUGUCCUGGUGCUUGAGGAGUAGUAGUACUGUUUGGCAGUGUGGAAGCUCCCAUGUCAAGGUUUUUAAAUAGCUUCCAGCAGCACAGAGUCUGUUUAAAAAAAAAAAAAAAAGAGAGAGAGAGAGAUUUACCAAUUCUACUUGUUUUUCCUGAGCAGCUCUCAGCAGGUACCUUUUCACAUCAGAGUAAAAUGUGACCAGGUGUCUUGAAAGGGAUGAGAAGAAACAAAUUUUUAUUAAAAACCAGCAUCUUUUAAGAGGUCAGAUCAUGUGUGGCAGGAAACUGGAAAAUCUGGUGUUCUGUUCCUGGAUUUGACUUGUGUGGUGGUGAGCAGGUCAUACUCUCUCCAUGCCUGUCUCUAAAAUGGGACUAAUAAUACUUACCUAUCUCACAACGGUGUUGUGAGGAUUAAUUAAUUAAGAUUUUUGUAAAAUGCUUUAAAAACGUGAGCCAGUGUGUGCUAAUUACUAUUGUUGUUUUUAAAAUUGUGCUGCUGUUUUGACUUUUCAAAAAUAUACAUGUUUUUUUGCCUGGUGUUAGACUCUAGUUAAAAUAUAACUUUUUAAAAGUACAUACCCAUUCCUGUGAAAUCAGUUUUGAUGAUUUUGAUUGCAUGAGAUGAUUGUGCUUCUCCUGAAUGAAACUAUGCUCAACUUCAAUAAGCCUCUGUAGAGAAGUUUGGUUAAGGCUCUAACCAUGCUCCACACUGCUGUGUAUAGCACAGUUGACCCAUAUUUCAUGAUAACAUUUGGGCAGAAUGCUAUUGGGCUUGCUGUGAUAGUGGUGGAAAGUCUCCUCUAUCAGAUGAUUUAAGAAAUCUCAUAGGCCAGGGGUGAAAAACAUGUUUGUAGCAGAGCCUGUUUGAGAUGUGUAGGAGCCAUGGAGAAAUUAUACGUUAAUGUCAUCCCAGAGGAGCUGCAGAAACAGUCCGGCUAAAAGAAAUCAAAGGUUUGUGAUAAAUAGUACUUAUCACAGAGCCACAAACAAGACCAUUUUCAUUAUAAGGGCAAUUUUAUGUCUUUCUUGCACCAUUGACAGGUCUUGACAAAAACUGAUGAAGCCGAUGUGUUCUGUCACUGUGCUCAUUCACACGGCUGAUUGUAAUCUCAGCAAGAACCUCCUGUCUACAGCAGGAGCUUGGAUGUAACUACUUGCCAAAGCAUUUUGAGCAUGUGUUCAGGUAGUGUUAUCUCCUGUCUUUACUAAUAUCAGGUCAGCGUGGUGAGAGCUCUUUGCAUGGUUCUGAAAACCCUUUUCAGCCAUCAAGAGUAUAAACUCUCCCUCUCAUUUCUUUGUUCUGUUUUUCUCCCUUUGUUCUGAUGCAUGAACUCCUGAUAAAGCUGCCCUUGUUUACAGGAACCCAUAGGUGACAACAGGGCCUUUGUCUUUUUUCUCUUUACUGAGAAAAGAAAAUGAUGUUGGGAAAGGAAUUAGACUAAGGGUUCUCUAACUUAAGGAGUUGGUGGUAUCACUAAAGAACUUUUUAAUUUUUGUCAAGUCACUUGUUUAGAAAUAGGAGUUUGCAAGGAAAACUUCCUUCAUAAAUAUUUUCUUAGCUAGUAUUCUUCGUUGUUGGUUGUAAGAUAGCCUUAACUUGCAUGAUUUUAAGUCAACCUGAAAGAGGGGGGAAAAGGUAUAUUUAUUGUGUAGAAAUAGAUUAUUUUUAUAUGAUUGUGAUUUGACAUGUUUUUGCCUUUUAAUAGAAUAUGCUUGCUCUUUCUGUUCAAUAGGUCUUGCAUAUGGUUAUCAAGAACACUUGCUGGUUUACAGGGUCGUAGCAGUUCUACUGGGAGGGUCAGAAUGUACUGAUUACUUGAAUUAUUAUCAGAGUACACUGCUUCCUCCUUGUAGAGUUGCUCAGGCUCUGAAAUGUAUGCUGGUCAGAGGAAGAGCAAAACCAGCCUACAGAUAAAACUACA